GUUAUUAAUGAGCAUAAGCAAAUACAAAAUGAAAAUACUAAUCUUAUUUCUCAUAAUGCACAAAAGGAUGUUUUUAUUGCUGAAUCCAAGGCUGAGAAUGUUACGAAAUCCAAGAAAAUUAAAUCACUCGAGUUUAUGAUCAAGAUAUUAGAAAGUAAGUUGUCUUCAGCCCAGAAAGAUGUGAUUUCGAUUCAAAAUGACUCAUCAAAAAAAGAAUCUGAGAUUUUAUCUCUCAAGUCUAAAAUAGUUGAAGUAGAACAUGAGUUAGCUUCGAAAGUCAGUAAACUUGAGUAUCUGAAAUCGGAGGCUAUAUCAAACUCCAUACUUGGUGGAAACGAUAAAAAAAAUAUGACCAAGUCUGAUGAUAUAUCUGCAGUUAUUGAACCUAGCAAAAAUCUAAAUCAACCCCAAGAUAAGCAAUGA